GCUUGUGACUGUUUGAUGGUCUCUGGACCUCCUGCAGGAGUUUGCUGUGUCAACCUGAAGGACAACAAAGCCCUGAUGAAGAUGGGCUUGGGGUUGGUACUGGUCGGCCACGUGAACUUUAUCUUGGGAGCGCUGGUGCACGGUCCCGUGCUGAGGCACAUCAACGUGCGUGGUUGGGCCUGGGCCACUUACUCUGUGUCCAGCGUCAUCGCUAUCGUGGCGGGCCUGGUGGGACUUAUUGCUGGAAUAACAGCCAUUGUGUUGUCCAAAAACAAGAAAAGCAGGAGCCUGAAGUGGGCCCUGCUGGUCAUCAGCUUCCUGGCAGGUCUCUUGGCAACCGCCUCCUCCUCGAGUCUGAUGGUUUCCAUGGUGACGGCCAUCAUUGGUAAAGGAUGGAACCUGCUGGCUGAGUGCACGUUUCCAGAAGGCUUUUGGCAGACUCCAGAUGGACCUUCCAGCAUCAUCUAUGAAUGCCCCUUUGACCCCACCCGUAUCUACGGGACGACCAUCUUCCUGUGGGUACCACUCAUUGUGAUGUCAGUGGUGGAGAUGGUUUUCUCCUUCCACUGCUUUGGCGCCUGCACAUCCUUCCUGUACUUGUGUCCGUGCCGGAAGCAGCCGAGACUCUCCAAGAGGGUGCGCAUCCAGAGAGCCGUGGAGAUCCCGGUGUCCCCUCGUGCGCCAGAGUCGGUGGCUGAAGAGGCGGAGCAAGACGAGCUGCUGGAUGGAGGCUCCGGAGCGCAGCAGAGCAACUGGCUGUGAAGCAGCGCAGCCAACAUCUCCGUGUCUGACUGCACAAAACCUCAAUUUGAGCCUUUAAGCGUUAAACUUCAAGCAAUAUCAAGAUGAGGGAGUUGUUACUUUCUGCACUGUUGUUGGUUUGGAUGAAAUUGUGUUUGUCUUAAACACAGAACUGUCAGUCUGAUCCUGACACUUCCGCCAGUCUGUUACAUAGUUUUAUAUAGGUGUUAAAAAAAAAAAGAAAAAAAAAAAAAAGCCUUCAGUCACUACAACAAAACUUUUUAAAAAAAUGUUUAUUGGUGUUGAAUCCAACGCGGUUCUGUCAGAUUUAAACAACGGACACAUGCAGCUGUAGGAAACAUUAUGUCUCGUGUUGGCAAAAUAAAAAAUAUGUACACUAAAAAUUUGCGGCUUACAGUAUUUCCUGACAAACGCUGUCCAUCACUGUCCAAGACUCAACAACAGGUGAGAUCUACAGAAUCUCAUGAUGCUCGGAAGAAGAUACAAACGAAAAAAUAAUGCUAUUAAAAAAAAAUGUCACAGCUCAAAGUUUUUGACGCCUUAUUAAUCAACAAAACCUUAAACUUGCUGGCAACUAUAUAAAAACAAAAAAGUAGAAAAUUCUGUCCUUUGAGAAGCGAAUACCAGAAAACGUGGGUCUCAAAGUAUGGGCCCAAAAUGGGAAAAUGUCACAAAGUCACCAGAAAUUUUAGAAUUACAGCUGAGAUUGUUUUUAUGUGGCUACUUUGAAUGUACACAUUUUAUUUUACUACAAAUCUGUAAAACCUCAGCAUUUGGAAAAC